CGCAUCAGCACCAGCAGCGGCACCGCGCACCGUGAGAGCUCCGUCAUGGCGCGGGAGUCUCCGGUGUGUGUGAUCGUUGCGCGCACUCCUCGCCCGUUAUAGUGAUGCAAGCCCUCCACAUCCCCGGGCUACACCGGGCACCUGACGCCGAGCAGGACGUGAUGGCGGAAUACCUGAACCAGAGCUCAUUUAACGGCUCCGGUUCCGAGCUUAACCGAAUCAGCAACCUGGAGGACAUCGACGUGUCCGCGGACGGGACCCUCGGGCUCCGCGUCAUGAUCUCAAUCGUGUACUCGGUGGUGUGUGCGGUGGGUCUAGUGGGAAACCUUCUAGUGUUCUUCCUUAUGAGAGUCCGCCAGGGCAGGAAGAAAUCCACAAUUAACUACUUCAUCAUGAACCUUGCGGUCACGGACUUCCAGUUCGUCCUCACGCUGCCCUUCUGGGCGGUGGACACCGCGCUGGACUUCACCUGGCCCUUCGGACACGCAAUGUGUAAAGUGGUGGUCACGGUGACCGUGAUGAACGUGUACGCGAGCGCGUUUUUUCUCACUGCUAUGAGUGUUACGCGGUACUGGUCCGUUGCGUCCGCGCUUAAGGACCGAACGCGCAACACGCGUUGCUCGGUUAAACUUGUGAGCGCGCUCCUGUGGCUCCUGGCUACGGUGGCCUCAGUGCCCACGGGGAUAUUCACCGGGGUGAACACAAUCAGCGGUGUUAAACUAUGCCUAACGCGUUUUCCUAACGGCCAGCGUGGGCACGCUCUCUAUCACCUCCAGAAGAUCUUAGUUGCGUUCGUGAUCCCGAUGCUCAUCACCAUCAUCUGUUACAUUCUCCUUCUCCGCCUCAUCCGCCAACGCAGCAUGAACAACAACCUCCCCAAACGCAGGUCUAAAGUCACCAAAUCCGUCACGAUCGUGGUCCUAUCGUUCUUCAUCUGCUGGCUUCCCAACCACGCCAUCACUUUCUGGGGAGUCCUGGUGAAGUUUAACGUCAUACAAUGGGAUAAGUUCUACUACGCGCUCCACACGUACGUGUUCCCGGUCACCAUCUGCCUGGCGCACUCGAACAGCUGCCUGAACCCGGUGCUGUACUGCCUCAUGCGCAGGGAGUUCAGGAAGAUGUUGAAGGACUUCUUCUGGAGGAUCUCGUCCCCCGCGAUCGCCAAUGGCUGUCAGAUCCGCCCGUUCUCCGGAACCGCGAAGGCGCGCGACAGUCAGGCCGGGAUUCCGCUGAACGUGAUGGAGACCGAGGAUUACCGGUUAUCGGUGGUGAACGGGCAAACAGACGUGCUCCCGUCCACAGACUGCGCUGUAAUGAGGUAGACUGGAGGAAAUCUCUUUUUUAUUAUAUCAUUGUUGUGCCAAGAACUAAAACAUUUGUCCGCUUUUUUUAACGCUUAUGGUUUAAUUCCGCGUAAAGGCGCUCGUGAAGCACACCUG